AGGGAGGCCACUGCUACGUCCAUGGAGAAGUUCCUCCAAGAAAUAGAAGCCGCGAAGCCUGUCAGAUUUACCGCAGAGCAACUAAAGAAAUUUACAGAUGAUUACAAAACUGGGCUCGGUGCUGGAGGUUUUGGGGAAGUCUACAAGGGACAGUUUCCAGAUGGAGUAAGAAUUGCAGUAAAGAUUCUUAGAAAGAGUUUAGACAAAAGAGAUGAAGAGCAAUUCAUGGCAGAAGUGGGCUCAAUUGGAAGAACUUAUCACAUAAACCUGGUUAGGCUUUAUGGAUUUUGCCAUGACAGAAACAUGAAUGCGAUUGUAUAUGAGUACAUGGAAAACGGAUCCCUGGACAAAUACUUGUUCAAAGAGAGUAAAACAAAAGCAAUCAAAUGGGAGAAGUUACAUGAAAUCGCGAUCGGGACAGCUAAAGGCUUAGCAUACUUGCAUGAAGAAUGCCAAAACAAAAUCAUUCAUUAUGGCAUACAGCCUGAAAACAUUCUACUAGAUGAAAAUUUCAUUCCAAAAGUAGGUGAUUUCGGACUUGCAAAGCUUUGUCAUAGAGAUAGCACUCAUGUUACACUCGCAGCAAAUAAUUGGGGAACUCGUGGCUACUCAGCACCAGUAAUCUCGUUCAAGAAUCAUCCAAUAACAUAUAAGUGUGACGUAUAUAGCUUUGGAAUGGUAUUGUUUGAGAUAGUUAGUGGGAGAAGAAAUACAAUUGUUCAUUCUUCUCGGGAUAGCCUUGAUUUUUUUCCUCAACAUGUUUGGGAAAAAUAUGAAAAAGGUGAAUUGGGUUCAAUGGCAUUAGCCUGUGGGAUUGAAAAGAAAGACAAAGUAGAGAGAAUGUGUAUGGUGGCAUUGUGGUGUGUACAAAACUUGCCUCAGGCGAGGCCACAAAUGAGUGCUGUGGUGAAGAUGUUGGAGGGAGGAGUGGAGAUUUUGCCACCUCCAAAACCAUUUCAGUAUUUGUUCCCGGUUAGGGCGGCUGCGCUUAAUCCAAUACUAGAAAGUACUAGUGAUGGUUCAAGUAUAGGCACAAGUGAAGAAAGUCAGUCCCGCUGGUACAAGGAGUACACCACUCCAAUCAUGGCUAAGUAUGAAAUAGAGAUAGCUACUUCUCGAUAA